UCGAUAGUGUUUUUUUUAAUUUUAAAAAGUGUCAUUUUUUAUUUACAGGCUCCGUCCUCGAUCUGGCCGAAAUAAUCUCAACCGCAGUUUUGACGAGUUUUGGCAGAUCUGUUGAGAAGCCUCAAAAAUAUUCUUUCGUUCUCAGACCUGUGCUAAAACCACAGACGAAGUAUUCCUACUUCUCGCCUCCAUGAUUUUAUCACCCGGAAACACACAUUUCCGCAGAAAAAGGGACGCGCUCUUAAAAAUAGCUACAACUUUUAUGUAUAUAUACAGUGACCUUCUGACUAAUUCAUUCUAAGAUAUCAGAACUUCCAGCAGCUAGAACUUGCUAAGUACAGUAUCUACCUAAUCUACAUGUUGGAAAGAAGUGAACGAGAAUCUAAAAACUGCAGCGAAAACAGCGGAUGCUAGAAAUACUCCAGCUGGUAGGAUAGCGCCUGUGGGAAGAAUCCUUUCGCUUUGCAUAGAUGUGUUUUCCCCCCUGCCGAGAGAAGCAUUGGCCCAAGGUAACGCUUAUCCUCCUGGGCUCUGACAAGUUUCUUUGAAAACUGAAACGUAUUGUUUUUGUUCCCUGCAACGACGGAAGAAUCCAGAAGGCAGACUGACAUGCUCUGGCAUAGAAAUAUGGCGAUGAUUUGCCUACAGAUUUGUAAAAUAAUCACGCCCAGAGAAUUCUAGUCCCGGCCCGAAAAUUCGACUGCUUAUUUUUCUCCAUCGAUGCUGCGUGGCCCGCCCAGCCCCCCAGCAUUUUGUGUAAGUUACUCUUGAUUUCCAGCAAUUGCAGAACCUCUUGUGUUUAAGAGAACUAAAGACUGCUCUUGCCCGCCCCCGGGCGUCAGUCCACGCCCACUAUAAAUCCCGAACCUGCCGGGCAGCUGAAAUACUCGCCAUUUGAACGGAUCAGCUUUCUUUUCGGAGUAAAAAGCAAAGAAAACUAGCAGGAUUUUCAGGAUGGUCAUGAUGCCUUGGAUGAUUUUUCUACUAUUCACCACAGCUGAAAUGAGAAAUAAAUACAUUACUGAAGGAUAUGAAAUUAAUAUCUUUCCGCCAUUUCAAUCUACAAUUGUAUUUGCUCAUGAUGGAGAACAUGCCCGUUUAGGAUGUCAGCUGUGCAAUGGAUCCAGUCCAAUUGACAUGAAUGACCUUCAAACACAUGGAUUUACAAUCUCUUGGUUUAAAGGCAAUUCCAAAAGCGGAGUUGUGGAACUUUUAGACAAUGGGACCAGAAUUGCUGCUCAAUGGCCCUUAUUAGGAUUUUGGCCUGCAUUUGUCAAAGACACUGGAAGAUAUUUUUGUUCUCUCUUCAAUGGAACUCACAACAUUUCAGGUCCAAAUGUAAGUUUGAAUGUUAUACCAAUCAGUGAAGGAUGUUACAGUGAAGAAACAGAAUAUACCCGGAAUGGAUACAUUGGAUCAUCAACUCGAUUGGUUUGUCCACACAUGGAAGAGUUCAAGGAUAACGUAAAAGAUCUGAAAUGGUAUAAGAAUUGUCAAGAGGAAGUUGCUACAGGAUUAUCACUGGAGUUCCAUUCUCUUGCAAAGGAAAAUGAUGGACAUUACACUUGUGUACUGUCCAUUGAACAUAAUGGAAGACAAUACAAUGUUACAAGGACUUUGGAGUUGACACUGACUGAACCCUAUAUUGAACCAAAGUUGAUUUAUCCACAUCGAGAACACAUUGAAGUUACACUAGGUGAAAGAAGAGUCAUUAAUUGCACAGCUUUGGCCGGCCACAAAAGUAAACAGGAUGUGAGACUAACCUGGGAAUUUCAACAACGUAAAAUAACUUCCUGUAAGCCUGAAGCAUCAGUCUGUAAAGAUCCUAGGAGAGAAACAAUUAGAAAUGAUGGCGUAUAUGUUGAGAGGCCACUGGUAUUUCCCAAAGUUAAAGAAGAACAUCUGAAUCAGCAUUUUAAUUGUGUUUUGCAUACAUCAGCUAACAAGAUGAUGGGAUCUAUUUUUCUCCAGGAGAAAGGCAAAAGUGCUGUGCCUCCAUCUGUUGGAUUAUUAUUUUCUGCUAUUGUUGUGCUUUUCAUUCUGGCAUGCGUUUGUGCGUAUUUCAAAGUACAAAUUGCCCUUUGCUUCAGGGAUCUCACUGGAAGAGAUGAAACUUGUGGAGAUAACAAAGAAUAUGAUGCAUAUGUAUUGCUCCUUAAAAAUGAUGAUACCCUCCUUAAUACUCAUGAAGAACAAGAAUUUGCUUUUAAGUUGUUGCCUGCAAUUCUGGAAGAAAAAUUUGGUUAUCGUUUAUGCAUGUUUGAACGUGAUGUUGUGCCAGGAGUGGCAUCUGCAGAAAGUAUUAUUUUCUACAUUAACAAAUGUCGAAGAUUAAUUAUAAUCCUCAGCAAAGAAUAUGUGGAUGAUCAUUUCAGCUCCACAUAUGAAUUGAUGUCUGGGCUGCAUCAGGUAUUGGUUGAAAGAAAAAUAAAACCAAUACUAAUUCAAUUUAAGCCUAUAAACAACACUAAGUCACUCCCAGAGUCACUUCAGCUUCUUCUGAAAUCAAAAGGAACUGUAAAAUGGGGAGAAGGCAAACAUUCAUAUUUCUGGAAGAAGCUACGAUAUUUGAUGCCAGCGAAAGGUCGUCAGGUUCACACUGGAAAUCAAUAAUUGAUGGUGUCGAAAAUCAAAGUUCUACUUGUACAUGCUGCUAUUUUAUCCCUCACACUUUUACAUCAAUCUGCAUUUGGAAGGAUUUGACCAAAAUACGUCUCUGGAGCAGUACAAGUAGCUGUACCAGAGCGGCAUUUAGAAAAAAGGUGGUAUAAAGUAAACACUGGACCAAGAUUACCUGAGUUAUUUGUACAUGCAUUUAUGUGAAUUAAAUUUAUCUGUUUUUGUAUCCAGAUGAGAAUCUCUGAGAAGUUUAGUAAUGCUUAAUAGAGGAGUUUUUUUUAAAUGGUGGAUAUAUACAAGAAGACUCAUGAUUAUGUUUCAGUUGAUAGUUAAAGAUUAGUUAUGCUGUGUGACAAGCCCCUUUUUAUUAUCACUGUAAGUUAGAGGAUAGCUAUCUCUACUAUGCAUACAAGGUUUAGACCAUGCAGGAUUGAAUCACUACAAGUUGCACUGAAGUUCAAUGUAAAGAGUGACAACAAACCCGAAUAUCUUAUUCUGUGAUAAUUUAUCUUUAUUAGAGCUGAGAGAUGAUAGUGACCUAAUGCUGAUACUACAUCCUUCAAUAGCUGCUCUCCUUAUACACUGGUAGAGGAAAAAGAAGAGGAUCAGUCAGGGUCUGCAAAUUCUACUCUCCCAAGCAAUGAUAUUGCACCACUGUUGAAGAAUGUGUGUAUAGAAUCAAAUUCUCAGUCUCAUGAAGACUCACCAACCCUAGCAGACAUCAUUGUCAAUUCUGAAGAACUGCUGUUAACAAUGCAUUGUUUGAGUAGACAAACCACCAAAGAUCCAGUGAUGUCUUAUGCUGACUGACAGUUUACCUCUUCCCGCCUCUUCCUGUGUCUUUAGUCUUUUAAGGCCAGAGUCUACCAGCUACUAUCAUGUCUCCCCAGUUUUCCCUUAGUUCACCUGAUAAAGUUUCUGCUGUACACUCCUUCUCAGUGCUUGCUAGGUAAUUCUGUUGAAUUUCUUUAUUUUCCUGUAAAUGCCUGCAGGAAAAUGAAUUUCAAGGUACUGUAUGGUUAUGUUACUAUGACCUUGAUAUGCACAAAUAUCAAUUUAUACUUUGUAUUCAGUUUUUAUAUAAAAGCUAAGUCUUUCUGCUGCAUUUUGCUUUUGAAUGUUAUAUAUAUUGAUGAUGAUGAUGAAGAUAGCUGGUUCUUCGCUUGGGACCGCUCCUUUUCACAUUGUUUGUCAAUGAUUUACAUAAUGGGAAAGUUUGCAGAUGAUACAAAGAGAGGUAGAGGGGUAACUAGUCUGGAGGAAGCAAUGCAAUUGCAACAGGACUUUGACAAAUUGGAAGAAUGAGCAAAAAAGUGGGAGAUGAAAUACAGAGAUGGGAAAUGUAUGAUAAUGCAUUUUGGUAAAAGGAACUAUAGUGUGGUCUGUUAUCUAAAUCAGGGGAGGGUUCAAACAUCAGAGGUGCAGAGGGACUUAGGAGUCCUCAUGCAAGAUUCCCAUGGAACCACAGAACCAUAGAACACUACAGCACAGAAAACAGGCCAUUCGGCCUUCUAAUCUGUGCUGAAACAUUAUUCCGCUAGUCCAAUUGACCUGCAUCCAGUCCAUAACCCUCCAGACCUUUCCCAUCCAUGUUCCUACCCAAUUUAUUUUUAAAACUUCAGAGUGAGCCCACAUUUACCAUGUCAGAUGGCAGCUUGUUCCACAUUCCCACCACGCUGAGUGAAGAAGUUCCCCCUAAUGUUCCCCCUAAACCUUUCCCCUUUCACCCUAAAGCCAAGUCCUCUCGUAUUUAUCUUCUUAAUCUAAGUGGAAAGAGCCUACUCACAUUUACUCUGUCUAUCCCCUCAUAAUUUUGUAAACCUCGAUCAAAUCUCCCUUCGUUCUUCUACGCUCCAAGGAAUAAAGUCCUAACCUGUUCCCUGUAACUCAACAACCUGAAGACCUGGCAACAUCCUAGUAAAUCUUCUCUGCACUCUUUCAAUCUUACUGAUAUCCUUCCUAUAGCUAGGUGACCAGAACUGAACACAGUACUCCAGAUUUGGCCUCACCAAUGUCUUAUACAACUCCCCAUAACAUCCCAACUCCUAUACUCAAUACUUUGAUUUAUGAAUGCCAGGAUGCCAAAAGCCUUCUUUACAACCCGGUCUACCUGUGACGCCACUUUCAGGGAAUUAUGUAUCUGAACUCCCAGAUCUCUUUGUUCCUUCGCACUCCUCAGUGUCCUACCAUUUACUGUGUAUGUCCUACCUUGAUCUGUCCUUCCAAAAUGCAACACCUCACACUUGUCUGCAUUAAAUUCCAUCUGCCAUUUUCUGGCCCAUUUUUCCAGUUAGUCCAGAUCCCUCUGCAAACUUUGAAAGACUUCGUCACUAUUCACAACGCCUCCAAUCUUCAUGUCAUCAGCAAACUUGCUGAUCCAAUUUUCCACAUUAUUAUCUAGAUCAUUGAUAUAGACAACAAACAACAAUGGUCCCAGCGCAGAUCCUUGAGGCACACCACUAGUCACAGGCCUCCAGUCUGAUAAGCAAUCAUCCACUACCACCCUCUGUCUUCUCCCAUACAACCAAUUUUGAAUCCAGUUUACAACCUCUCCAUGGAUACCUAGUGUCUGAAGCUUCUGAACUAACCUCUCAUGUGGGACCUUGUCAAACGCCUUACUAAAGUCCAUGUAGACAACAUCCACAGCCUUUCCUUCGUCUACAAUGGUAACCUCCUCAAAAGACUGUACAAGAUUCGUUAAACACCAUCUACCACGCACAAGCCAUGCUGACUAUCCUUAAUCAGCCCUUGGCUGUCCAAAUACUUGUAUAUCCGAUCUGUCAGAACACCUUCCAAUAAUCUACCUACUACUGAUGUCAGGCUCACCGGCCUGUAAUUACCUAGUUUACUUUUGGAGCCUUUUUUAAACAACGGGACAAUAUAAGCUACCCUCCAAUCCUCCGGCACCAUACCCAUGGCUAAGGACAUUUUAAAUAUUUCUGCCAGGGCCUCUGCAAUUUCUACACUAGUCUCUCUCAAGGUCCGAGGAAAUAUAAUGUCAGGCCCAGGGGAUUUAUCUACCUUUAUUCGCUGUAAGGCAGCAAGCACCUCCUCCUCUUUAAUCUCAGAAGGUUAAUUUUCAGGUUGAGUCUGUGGUAAAGAAGGCAAAUGUAAUAUUGGCAUUCAUUUCAAGGGAAUUAUAAUAUAAAAGCAAGAAAAUAAUGCUGAGCCUUUAUAAUACACUAGUAAGGCUGCACUUGGAGUAUUGUCAACAGUUUUGGGUCCCAUAUCUCAGAAAGGAUAUGUUUCUGGGAAUGAAGGGGUUAACAUAUGAGGAGCGUUUGGCUGUUUUGGGCCUGUAUUCACUAGAAUUUAGAAGAAUGCAUGGGGAUCUCGUUGAAACUUACCCAAUGUUGAAAGGAUCUAGAUAGGUUGGAUGCGGAAAGGAUGUGUUCUAUAGUGGGGGUAUCCAGAACAAGAGGGCAUAGCCUCAAGUUUGAGAGGUGACCUUUUAGAACAGAGGGAAGCAGGAUUUUUUUUAGCCAGAGAUUAGUGAAUCUGUGGAAUGCUCUGCCACAGAGUGCGGUGGAGACCAAGUCUGUGAGUAGAGGUAAGGCAGAUGUUGAUCGUUUUCUGAUCAGUCAGGGCAUCAAAGGAUAUGGCAAGAAGGCAGGUGUACGGGGUUGAGUGGGAUCCGGGAUCAGCCAUGAUGGAAUGGUGGGGCAGAGUCAAUGGGCUGAAUGGCCUAAUUCUGCUCCAAUGUCUUAUGGUCUAAGAAUUAGCAAUGGGAAAAGAGAGCAGGGUGAGAGGGGAGAAAUUAUUAGAAGUUCAGGCCAUCUGGUUGGAGACUACCUAGAUGAGGUGUUGUUCCACAAAUGUGAGCAUGGGCUCAUCAUUCCAAUAGAGGAGUCCAUGGACUAACAUGCCGGAAUGGGAGCGGGAAAUCAAUUGAAUUGGGCAGACACUGGGAGAUCCUCCCUUUUUGCAGUGGACGGAGCAAAGGUGGAAAACUAAGCUCUUGAGAAAGACUAGAUUCAAUGGCCAAGAGAUUAUUUUAACAGGAAGCUGGACAAUGGUCAAUAGAGUGUGUGUGUGUUUUUGCAUUUUUGCCAGAGUGUGUGUGAGUGUUAAGAGAGAGAGAGCAUCAGACACACCCUUGUCAUAAAAGAAAAAUACAAAACAAUCUGUUGGGAAAUUUAUACCCACACCUGCAUAGGCCCUCCAACUGACUCAUCAACAGUCAGAUUGGCAGAGGUAAGUGGUAAAGAAUUUCAAGAAUAUCAGGAUUUCAACACACCAGUUAACACAAAUCACUUUUUGCAAUUUGCUUGCUUACACGUUGGAUUGCCUUUGAGGGUUGCCUGGAGCUGAGUAAGGAGAAUUCCAGCUUUUGGUGAUAGUUUGAAUAGAAACAGCUGAACUAACACUGUAGAUUAGGUGAUUCAUUGUGAUUACAAGAUUUGCUCAGAGUAAGAUUAUAUAAAAUGAUGGUUGUGCAAGAUAUUCUUUAAAAUACCUUAAUAUUAUAUUUCACUGAUGCCUUUGAGUUGUGAGAGAUAUUUUUCUGUAUAUUUUAUUUGUCAUCUUAUGAUCGUACAAAAACUACUUUUUGAGUCAAUUAAAUUAGAGCACUUAGAGGCUGCAUUGUGCUUCAGGAAGUGCCUAUAUCCCUAGAGCUAUGUGGUUGAGUGGCACAACAGCUAAAAGCUAGAAUCCUACAAGCCUCCAAGUUGCACAGCCUUGAUCAGUAAGGUCUUCAGAUGGUUGUCACACAUCCUCAUAUUCAUGGUUCAAUGUUCCUUUCUGCUCUUGUUGUUUUUUCCUUUAUGAAGCUCUCAAUGCCACAUGGGGGCAGUUCAACUCUACCAGAAUGAUUAGGAAGUUGGCUAUUUGACAAAUCGUUGUACUGUUGCUGUCUGCAGCCCUAUGCUCAAGGAGGAGGCAGACUCCACUCUCCAUGAGAAAGGAACCUUUGUGAGGUUAUAGAGAUGAUUGGGUGCCCUGAAUAUCUGCAGUUAGAUGGGGGUGGGGCAUAUUAGAUUGUACCAAACUCAAAGAUAACCACGUAAAAAAAGACCUUUCUGGAAGUCUAUGAAUUUUUAUAAUCCCUAGCACUGGACAUAAUAAGGUCAUACCCCUUAGAACUUAAGUGGACAUUGGCCUCAUUCAAAUAUUGUUUGUGAGGUUUACCUGCACAGGCAUAAUUAUUGUGUUAUUGUUCAUGCCUGGUGACCUCCAUGUUUAGAAGACCUAAAGAAACUUUUAGAUGUGAUCUCUCCAGGUAUCGAGUGCUUAGUUGUAUUGUUCAAAAAUUAAGCCUGCUUUUCUGUGUUACAGAUAGAAAAAAAAUUAGGCUUGUUUUUAAAAAUUCUCCCUAAGCCUUACUGGUGCUGCUUUUUGUUUCUACUUUGGUGAUAGAUGGUCAUCACGGGAUCUUUUCUUGCAUGGUACGUGUGUGGUUGUGUGUCAUUGCAUGGGCUGGUAGUAGUCUGAGCCUGGCUGAAGGCUGCAGGUUCCCUUAGCCACUGGAUAUAGUCAAGAAAGUACAGCUUAAUCCACUCCAAGGGAGUUAGAGGCUAUUCAUUUCUGAGUCAAGUUCCAGGUUGUAACACAGAAAAACUUACAGAUAUAAACUGAAGUGAUGAAUUUUGCUCAGAAAUUGGAUCAUACAGAGCUGAGAAACUAGGCACUUCUUCUCAGGAUCCAUGUCAGAUGUCCUUGUCAGAUUCUGCACACAUUUGGACAGCUGUCAGAUGACACACACAAAGCUACAAAGGGCACAACAGUUACUACUUAUGGAUACUAUUAGAGGACUGCACAGAUCACAACUGGACAAUGAAGUCAUAUAUUUAGUGCCUGACAGAUUUCCCUGACUGGAAAGAGGUGAACUUUUUCCUUCAGCCUGAGAAGAUCCUACAUCCAUCUUGAUGGCUUCCCUCUACUGCUGGCACUCUGCCUCAAUGGAAAAUAUGAAAUAAAUAGCUUAUCUUUUUACCUAUUUAUAGUCCUGAGCUGUGGGGUGUGGUGCAUGAGAUAGGUAGGGUUAAAGAUUUUGAAGGGUGUGAAUGGAAUAUUACCUGGCCUUGCUCCAUUACACAUGGAUUAUCCUCCCUGCCAGUUGUCCAAUUCACCAGGUAUUCAGUGUCCCUCUUAAGAAGUUUGAUGUGUUCUCCAUGCCUUGUACAGCCUAUCUCCUCCAUGGCAACAAUAAUAUGGAUUGCUGGCUAGGGAGUGAGUGUUAUAAAAACCUCCUCUGAUUAAUGUUUAGUGAAGAGUUGGCAAUGACAAUAGAUUGGGAGUGCGGUCACUGGGACCCAAUCAGGGCACAAAUUACUGCAUCAUUGUGUGGAAGCCAAGCACUGUUGCAAACAUGUAUGUGAGGAGUUCAGGUCCUCCACCCAAAAAAUCUAAUUUAUAGACAAUUAUGGGCAUAUGGGUUAUGUGCGUAACAUUUUUGUGUAUGUCAUUUGAUGAUUUAUCUUUUUAAUUAUAUUUGGCUAGGUGGCAUCCUCUAUGUAUUUCACCUUUGAAAAUAACUUCACAUUAGAGCUUAAUCAUUGAUUGAAAAGUUUUGAAUAACUAUUGAAAAAAUGUACCUAAUUUACUUACCUUCCUUGCCUUCCCUCAUAAUCACCCUUCUGCUAAGAAGAUAAAGAUAAAAAAAAAUCACAAUGUGAUUAUCUUCAGGCUUCUGUUGUGUGUUCUAAAUGUUCCACUGAAAUACCAAACAGGGGAAAGAAGGGAAGUGUUGCACUCUGACAAUGACACAUACCUAGUGGGAUGGAGUGACUGCUACUUGCCAUGCUAAUGAUUUCAUUAUACCCGUCAUGUUAGUUAUUAUUGCUGUUUCUGAACAUUAGUGUGGAUAUGUCAUUCUUCUGCUAAAAUGACCACCCUACAAAAAAGAAGCAGAUAUCAAACUAAUGGAAAUGGACAGAGAUAUGCUUUGAUGGUGCUUGAGACCGUUAAAAUAAUGUGUCCUUUCUCAUCAGUUAGUAUAUCUCUGUCCAUUUCCAUUAGUUUGAUAUUUUCAUUGUAAUAGAUCUUAAUGAACAAUAGAGUGACUGAGAGAUUAUGUAGUCUUUUAUUGCUCCUAAUCUAUAUGUUUUACGUUGUUAUUCAUAAGAUAAAUGUUAUUAAAUAAAUAAGAGGUUAAUUAAUGUGUGACAUUUUAUUAGAUUCGUUCUGAUUUAUAUUUACGUUUAGGGAUGUCUGUGUAUUGAUUUUAUCUUUUAGGGUAUUGUUGGAAUAUUGGUUCAUUAUGUUGUAACUUUUGAUCAACAGCAUGUUGGCAGAUAAUUGUUUAUUUCAUAGUUUAAAAUAUUAUAUUUUGAUUAAGCUAUUUGGUAUAAAUCUUUUCAUUUCUGUGUAAAUCGUUCCUUUUUACUGCUUAUAAUUGAUUAAUUUUCAUUAAAAAAUCAAGAACUGCUACCAAACUACCUUAACAGGAGGCAUCAAAAAUGUAUUAAAGUAAUAGAAUCAGCUGGAAAUUGCUAACUAUGUCAAACCUUAAAUGGAAGCUCAGUUAAUUUUAUGAUUUGAUAUAGUUAGAAAUAGCAAUUGUAUUUUUUUCUCUCACUUCUGAUAUGCUAACCACUAAUUUUGUAAUUCUAGCCAAACUGAGAAUACACA